AGGAGGAGGAGGAGGAGGUGGAGGUGGAGGAGGAGGGCUGCCUUGAGGAAGUACAAGAAUGAAGUUGUGGAGCUGAGAGUCCCCUCCGUCGUGCCCACAGAGCCGAGAAGAGCCCCGAGGCCGCCGGGUGCCCUUUCCGGCGCGAGCGCCCGGCCCCCUCCCCUCGCCCGGCCCGCGCGUCCUCCCCGCCUGGUCCAGCCGCAGCCAUGGGGCCGGAGCCGCAGUGAGCACCAUGGAGCUGGCGGCCUGGUGCCGCUGGGGGCUCCUCCUCGCCCUCCUGCCCCCCGGAGCCGCGAGCACCCAAGUGUGCACCGGCACAGACAUGAAGCUGCAGCUGCCAGCCAGUCCUGAGACCCACCUGGACAUGCUCCGCCACCUCUACCAGGGCUGUCAGGUGGUACAGGGUAACCUGGAGCUCACCUACCUGCCGGCUAAUGCCAACCUCUUCUUCUUGCAGGAGAUCCAGGAGGUGCAGGGCUACGUGCUUAUCGCUCACAACCGAGUGAGUCGGGUCCCGCUGCAGAGGCUGCGAAUCGUGCGAGGUACCCAGCUCUUUGAAGACAGAUAUGCCCUGGCUGUGCUGGACAAUGGAGACCUUCUGGAAAGUGCCACCCCUGCUGCGGGUGCUGCCGCAGAAGGGCUGCAGGAGCUGCAGCUGCAAAGCCUCACAGAGAUCCUGAAGGGAGGAGUCUUGAUCCAGCGGAACCCCCAGCUCUGCCACCAGGACACGAUUCUGUGGAAGGACAUCUUCCACAAGAACAACCCCCUGACCACAGUGGCGGUAGAAGCCAACCGCUCCCGGGCCUGUAAGCCACGCCCCUCCCCACCUGCACCUGCCUCUUCUGCAGCCCACCGCCCCCACGCUUGCUCCCGCCCCGGCACUAACACCGCCAUUCCCUCUUUCUCUGUGUCUCUUCAUCUCUGCGGUUCUCUGUCCUGUCUCCCUCUGCUUCUAGAUGUUGCCUCGGUUUGGGCCGGGGUCUCCCCCUGGCGUUGCAUCCUGCCACCCAAUCUCUGUCUCUUACUGCCUUUCUGUUUCUCUCUCCCAGGCCCACCCUGUUCUCCAGCUUGUAAAGCUUCCCACUGCUGGGGAGAAAGUUCCAAGGACUGUCAGAGCUUGACGCGAACCAUCUGUGCCGGUGGCUGUGCCCGCUGUAAGGGCCCGCUGCCCACCGACUGCUGCCAUGAGCAGUGUGCUGCCGGCUGCACGGGCCCCAAGCACUCUGACUGCCUGGCCUGCUUCCACUUCAACCACAGCGGCAUCUGUGAGCUGCAUUGCCCGGCCCUGGUCACCUACAACACAGACACCUUCGAGUCCAUGCCCAACCCCGAGGGCCGUUACACCUUUGGCGCCAGCUGCGUGACCGCCUGUCCUUACAACUACCUGUCUACGGACGUGGGAUCCUGCACCCUGGUUUGUCCCCCGAACAACCAAGAGGUGACAGCUGAGGACGGAACGCAGCGGUGUGAGAAAUGCAGCAAGCCCUGUGCCCAAGUGUGCUACGGUCUGGGCAUAGAACACCUGCGGGAGGUGAGGGCGGUCACCAGCGCCAAUAUCCAGGAGUUUGCUGGCUGCAGGAAGAUCUUUGGGAGCCUGGCAUUUCUGCCAGAGAGCUUUGAGGGGGACCCAGCCUCCAGCACUGCCCCCCUACAGCCUGAGCAGCUCAGAGUGUUUGAGACUCUGGAGGAGAUCACAGGUUACCUGUACAUCUCCGCUUGGCCAGAUAGCCUGCCUGACCUCAGUGUUUUCCAGAACCUGCGAGUAAUCCGGGGACGAGUUCUGCAUGAUGGUGCCUACUCGCUGACCCUGCAAGGGCUGGGCAUCAGCUCGCUGGGGCUGCGCUCGCUGCGGGAGCUGGGCAGCGGGCUGGCCCUCAUCCACCGCAACGCCCGCCUCUGCUUCGUGCAUACGGUGCCCUGGGACCAGCUCUUCCGGAACCCUCACCAGGCCCUGCUCCACAGUGCCAACCGGCCAGAGGAGGAGUGCGUGGGCGAGGGCCUGACCUGCUACCAGCUGUGCGCACACGGGCACUGCUGGGGUCCAGGGCCCACCCAGUGCGUAAACUGCAGCCAGUUCCUUCGGGGCCAAGAGUGCGUGAAGGAGUGCCGAGUACAGCAGGGGCACCCCCGGGAGUACGUGAAGGACAGGUACUGUCUGCCGUGCCACCCCGAGUGUCAGCCCCAGAAUGGCUCCGACACCUGCUUUGGCUCGGAGGCUGACCAGUGUGUGGCUUGCGCCCACUACAAGGAUCCCCCCUUCUGCGUGGCUCGUUGCCCCAGUGGUGUGAAGCCUGACCUCUCCUUCAUGCCCAUCUGGAAGUUCCCGGAUGAGGAUGGCAUGUGCCAGCCGUGCCCCAUCAACUGCACCCACUCCUGUGUGGACCUGGACGACAAGGGCUGCCCUGCAGAGCAGAGAGCCAGCCCCGCGUCGUCCAUCAUUGCCGGCGUGGUGGGCGUUCUGCUGGCCGCCGUCAUAGGGGUGGUCUUUGGCACCCUAAUCAAACGAAGGCGACAGAAGAUCCGCAAGUACACGAUGCGGAGGCUGCUGCAGGAAACGGAGCUGGUGGAGCCCCUGACGCCCAGCGGGGCGAUGCCUAAUCAGGCUCAGAUGCGCAUCUUGAAAGAGACGGAGCUGAGGAAGGUGAAGGUGCUUGGAUCUGGCGCUUUUGGCACAGUCUACAAGGGCAUCUGGAUCCCCGAUGGGGAAAAUGUGAAAAUUCCAGUGGCCAUCAAGGUGUUGAGGGAAAACACGUCCCCCAAAGCCAACAAAGAAAUCUUGGACGAAGCAUAUGUGAUGGCUGGUGUAGGCUCCCCGUAUGUGUCCCGCCUCCUGGGCAUCUGCCUGACAUCCACGGUGCAGCUGGUGACACAGCUUAUGCCCUAUGGCUGCCUCCUAGACCACGUCCGAGAACACCGCGGGCGCCUGGGCUCCCAGGACCUGCUGAACUGGUGUGUGCAGAUUGCCAAGGGCAUGAGCUACUUGGAGGACGUGCGGCUUGUGCACAGGGACCUGGCUGCCCGCAACGUGCUGGUCAAGAGUCCCAACCAUGUCAAGAUUACGGACUUCGGGCUGGCUCGGCUGCUGGACAUUGACGAGACGGAGUACCAUGCGGAUGGGGGCAAGGUGCCCAUCAAGUGGAUGGCAUUGGAGUCCAUUCUCCGCCGGCGGUUCACCCACCAGAGUGAUGUCUGGAGCUAUGGUGUGACUGUGUGGGAGCUGAUGACUUUUGGGGCCAAACCUUAUGAUGGGAUCCCAGCCCGGGAGAUUCCUGACCUGCUGGAGAAGGGGGAACGGCUGCCUCAGCCCCCCAUCUGCACCAUUGAUGUCUACAUGAUCAUGGUCAAAUGUUGGAUGAUUGACUCUGAAUGUCGGCCGAGGUUCCGGGAGUUGGUGGCCGAAUUCUCCCGGAUGGCCAGGGACCCCCAGCGCUUUGUGGUCAUCCAGAAUGAGGACUUGGGCCCGGCCAGCCCCUUGGACAGCACCUUCUACCGCUCGCUGCUGGAGGAUGACGACAUGGGGGACCUGGUGGAUGCUGAGGAGUACCUGGUACCCCAGCAGGGCUUCUUCUGCCCAGACCCUGCCCCGGGCGCUGGGGGCACAGCCCACCGCAGGCACCGCAGCACAUCCACCAGGAGUGGCGGUGGUGAGCUGACGCUGGGGCUGGAGGCCUCUGAGGAGGAGCCCCCCAAGUCUCCACUGGCACCUUCCGAAGGGGCCGGCUCUGACGUGUUCGACGGCGACCUGGGCAUGGGGGCAGCCAAGGGGCUGCAGAACCUCCCCCAACACGACUCUAGCCCUCUACAGCGGUACAGUGAGGACCCCACAGUACCCCUGCCUCCUGAAACUGAUGGCUACGUUGCCCCCCUGACCUGCAGCCCCCAGCCCGAAUACGUGAACCAGCCGGAGGUUCGGCCACAGCCCCCCUCGCCCCUAGAGGGUCCUCUGCCUCCUCCUCGACCUACUGGAGCCACCCUGGAAAGGCCCAAGACGCUCUCCCCUGGAAGGAACGGGGUUGUCAAGGACGUUUUUGCCUUUGGUGCUGCAGUGGAGAAUCCAGAGUACUUGGCACCCCGGGGCAGGGCUCCCUCUCAGAACCACCCUUCUCCGGCCUUCAGCCCAGCCUUUGACAACCUCUAUUACUGGGACCAGGACCCAUCAGACCGGGGCGCUCUACCCAGCACCUUUGAAGGGACCCCGACUGCAGAGAACCCCGAAUACCUGGGUCUGGAUGUGCCAGUAUGAGCCAAAAGGCCAGGUCCACUGAGGCCGUGCUGAACCCUCAGGGAGCGUAGAAGGCCUGAUGUCUGGGCCACAUCGGGACGACGCAGCGAGAAGGCCCUUGGACCACGUCCUGGGAAGCCUGCUGUGCCAGGCAUGUCUCUUCCUACUCCGAUUCCUAGCUGGCUGAGAGUGGCCUGGCCUGGCUGCCAAAGUGGGCAGCCCCGGGGAGUCUUGAUCCUGGAGCCCUGCCCCAGCAAACUCUAGGGUCCACAGGAUGCCACAGCCACAAUCUCCUGACCUGCAGGAGCAGCCCAGCUGACUUUUCUUCUAGACCCUUGGCACGGACUUAGAGAAGCUGGGCCUCCAACUUAGAGAAGGGGCUCCAAGGGGAUGUCUAGGAACCAGAGCAAUCCAGAGACUGUCCCUGAAACCUAGCUUGGCCCCUAGGAAGAAGGGGGCAGCAUCACCCAGAUCCAGUCCUUGUACAGAGUGGGGAUUUUUGGUUUCGUUUUUACGUAUGUUUUGGGUUUUUGUUCUUUUUUUUUAAGAUGAAAUAACUACUUGAAAUAGACAGUGGCUUCUAGAGAAGGCGGGAUCUCGGGGGUUGGGGGAGGGAUGUCCCUUCUCCACCCACUUUUUCCUUUUGCAAAUAUAUUUUGGAAAACAGCUG